AUGAUGAAAAAACUCCUGAUAGCCAACAGAGGUGAGAUUGCAGUGCGCAUCUUGCAAGCUGCCCGCGAGCUUUCACCCCCUGUACACACAGUUGCCCUAUCGACUCCCAACGACACAUCGCACUGUCAACUGGGCCACCCCGACCAGACCAUCACGCUUCCGUCUGCAGCCUCCUACCUGGAUAUAUCCCUGGUCGUAAAAAUCUGCCAAGAACAUGGCAUUGACACCGUGCACCCAGGCUACGGCUUCCUCAGCGAAUCCGCCGAGUUCGCCCGCCGCAUGCACGAAAUCGGGGUGACUGUCAUCGGGCCGGGGGCCGAGAUCCUCGAGCGAACAGGCGAUAAACUGCAAGCCAAAGCUCUGGCUGCGUCCUGCGGGGUUCCAGUGCUCCCAUCUCACAGCGCGCAAUCUCUCGACGAGAUCCGCGCGUUCGUCGAGAAAGUCGGAUACCCCGUCAUGAUCAAAGCAGUCGACGGGGGCGGCGGACGAGGGAUCCGGCUGAUCCACCAGCACCAGGCAUCCGAGCUGGCAAAUUUGGUGGCCAGAGCCCGGAGCGAGUCCCACUCGCAGACGGUCUUCGUUGAAAAGGCCGCCGUGGACGGCUUCCACCAUGUCGAGGUGCAGGUCCUCGGCGACGGGACAGGGACCGUCCACCACCUGCACGAACGAGACUGCAGUGUGCAACGGCGGUUCCAGAAGAUUGUCGAGUGUGCCCCGUCUCUGCUGGACCGGUCGAUUAUUAACAGAGUAAUUGAGGCGGCGCUGCGUAUCGCCCGUACCAUCCAUUACCGAUCGCUCGGCACGUUCGAGUUCCUCGUCAGCGAGAGCAGGCCCGAAUUCUACUUCCUCGAAAUUAACCCCCGGCUACAGGUGGAGCAUACCGUCACCGAGGCCGUGACCGGGGUGGAUCUCGUACAGGCGCAGCUGCGCACGAUCCAUCCAGCUCCGUCUCUGCGCCGAAGACCCCAGCGCCAACUUCGCGCUGAGCAUCGGCAAAAUCACCGACUUCUUCGUGGCCCCGGCCACGGCGUCCGCGUCGACAGCCACCUCGUCCCCCCAGUAACCGUCGCCUCGGACUUUGACAACCUCCUCGCGAAAAUCAUCGUCACCGCCUCGAGCUGGGAGUCUGCCGUGCGGAAAGCGCGGCGCGUGCUGAGCGAUACCCGUAUAGAAGGGGUCAAGACGAACCUGCCCCUCCUCCGGGGGAUUGUCGCAACCGAGGACUUUCUAGAGGGGAGGAUCGACACGCAGUGGCUGGAGCGGAAUCUCCCGGCGGUCCUGGGAACAGGCGAACGCAUCUCCGCCUCGCUUGUCUCGGUUCAUCACCAAAAGCCGGCUCGGCCAGGCUUGCAGCUACCGACAUCAUCGUCCCUCCUUUUCCGCCGUGGCGACGCGUGGAGCAUCUCCCUCUCCCCUCUAGCCCUAUCCCCAACGUCAAAAGAAGAGACGGGAGAAAUCAGACAGCACCUGCGUCUCUCCCGCGUCCUCCGCAAUGACUUCCCUUCCUCCCUCACCGCUGAAAUAGAGUAUACAACGCCAUCGGCGUCCAUUCCAUACAAACUCCACCUCUCCGCCACAGGCGCAGCCACCGCAGCUAGCGCCCUCGUCUCGGGCCAUCGCCGCGGUGACCCGUCGAACCCGCGACAUAUCGUCCUCCCGCUAUCUGGGAAGUUGAUCGAGGUGCUGGUGAAGCCUGGUGAGACUAUCGCGAAAGACCAGGUUGUUGCGUUCGUGAAGCAGAUGAAGAUGGAGCUGGAGGUAAGGAGUCCGCGCGCGGGACGGGUCAAGUGGGUGUUUGAGGUGAGGAGGGAUGGGGAGGAGGAGGAUGUGGUCGAGGGGAUGUUACUCGUCGAACUCGAUACUGUCUCUGUGAGUGUGGCUGAGAAGGGGAAGCUUUGA